CCCGAGUACCAUAUGGAGGGUUUUCCAAGCUGGCAGGAGGAGGGGGAGCACAGAAAUUCACCAUUAGCAGUACUCCAUACACAUACCAGAUUCUCCCCACAGCCAGCACAUGUAUCAAUUUGCUCAAAUUACCGGAAUAUCCAAGUAAAGAGGAGCUUCAGGAGAGGAUCAGAAUAGCGUCUGCUUGUGGAAGUCAAGGCUAUACAACAGCUUGAUCAGUGAGACUCAAGGGCAUACCACAGCUUGAUCGGUGAUAGUCAAGGGCAUACCACAGCUUGAUCGGUGAUAGUCAAGGGCAUACCACAGAGUGAUCAGUGAUAGUCAAGGGCAUACCACAGCUUGAUCAGUGAUAGUCAAGGGCAUACCACAGUUUGAUUGGUGAUAGUCAAGGGCAUACCACAGUUUGAUCGGUGAUAGUCAAGGGCAUACCACAGCUUGAUCGGUGAUAGUCAAGGGCAUACCACAGCUUGAUCAGUGAUAGUCAAGGGCAUACCACAGUUUGAUCAGUGAUAGUCAAGGGCAUACCACAGUUUGAUCGGUGAUAGUCAAGGGCAUACCACAGUUUGAUCAGUGAUAGUCAAGGGCAUACCACAGCUUGAUCGGUGAUAGUCAAGGACAUACCACAGAGUGAUCAGUGAUAGUCAAGGACAUACCACAGCUUGAUCAGUGAUAGUCAAGGGCAUACCACAGCUUGAUCAGUGAUAGUCAAGGGCAUACCACAGUUUGAUCAGUGAUAGUCAAGGGCAUACCACAGUUUGAUCAGUGAUAGUCAAGGACAUACCACAGCUUGAUCAGUGAUAGUCAAGGGCAUACCACAGUUUGAUCAGUGAUAGUCAAGGACAUACUACAGAGUGAUCAGUGAUAUUCUGGUACACCAGAUUGUACUGGUAAAAUGUAGAACUCUGCUUCCAUACAGAAAUAUGUUGUGGUGCAACACAUGGAACAUCUACCUGUGCUAAUCAGGGACAGGAAGUAACUAACAGUAAAACAGACUAAGGUUAAGGGUUCUCCUUAAUAGACAAUGGUUCACCAUGGUAGAUAAUGGUUUAUCAUGGUAGAUAAUGGUUUAUCAUGACAGAUAACGGUUCACCAUGAUAUAUAAUGCUUCACAUAACAGAUAAUGCUUUACCAUGAUAGAUAAUGCUUCUCCAUGGUAGAUAAUGCUUCACCAUGAUAUAUAAUGCUUCACCAUGAUAGAUAAUUCUUCACCAUGAUAGAUAAUGCUUCACCAUGGUAGAUAAUGAUUCACCAUGAUAAAUAAUGCUUCACCAUGGUAGGUAAUGAUUCACCAUGAUAAAUAAUGCUUCACCAUGAUAGAUAAUGCUUCACCAUGGUAGAUAAUGAUUCACCAUGAUAAAUAAUGCUUCACCAUGGUAGAUAAUGAUUCACCAUGAUAAAUAAUGCUUCACCAUGAUAGAUAAUGCUUCACCAUGGUAGAUAAUGCUUCACCAUCGUAGAUAAUGAUUCACCAUGAUAGAUAAUGCUUCACCAUGAUAGAUAAUGCUUCACCAUGGUAGAUAAUGCUUCACCAUGAUAGAUAAUGCUUUACCAUGAUAGAUAAUGCUUCUCCAUGGUAGAUAAUGCUUCACCAUCGUAGAUAAUGCUUCUCCAUGGUAGAUAAUGCUUCACCAUCGUAGAUAAUGCUUUACUGUGGUAGAUAAUACUUCACCAUGGUAGAUAAUGCUUCACCAUGAUAGAUAAUGAUUCACCAUGAUAGAUAAUACUUCACCAUGAUAGAUAAUGCUUCACCAUGGUAGAUAAUGCUUUACUGGGGUAGAUAAUACUUCACCAUGAUAGAUAAUGCUUCUCCAUAGUAGAUAUUGGUUCACCAUGACACAUCACAUGGAAGCAGAAUUCAAACAGAAUAUGAUGUCAUGCCCAAAGUCUUAGUAUACUAUGAUUAUGGUAGUGAUUAAUAAGAUUUUUUUUUUAUUCCUGAGAAUACCAAUAGGAUCAUCUAACAAUUAUUUCAACUUUAAUUAUUGAUCAGUACUUAUUCUUGUGAUUUUAUCAAGUCCCUUGGUAGAUGUGAAUGUUUUUUAUAACAAGUUUAACCUUUUUAGGACAAUCUCCCAAGAUCACAGAUGAUAAGGCCUUUCCAAAGGUCACAGAAAUAAUUCAUCACAUAGAACAUGACAGUAUACCCAUGUGUUCAUACCGCUGUAAACUCUGUAAAACAUAGUUCAAUCCCUAAAUGACAUCUCAAAAUUGAGGUUCAUAGUGAUAUGACUUUCCCAAGGUCACAUGGAUAUUAUAUCUGCUGAGAUAAAUAAUUUGGAUUUUACUGUUGUCAAUGUCAGUGAUGCUGUAAAUAUAAUCAUCAAAUUUAAAAUACAGGCUGUAUUCAGCAUGCAGUCAUGCUAACUUUGGACAGGUGAUUAAUGUGAACAUGCGAUUAUUGAAAAUCAUUGUUUUUCUUGAAUAAGUCAUAGUUUACUAUUUUUGUGCCAUUAUAUUUCAAACGUCUUCAAAUAAUUGUCAUUAUAUAAACAUGUUAUAAUGCUAUGUUUUAUUAGAUUGAUAUAUAGUGAUAUGUUGGUUACAUCAAACAGUCUUAGUCCUCAGGCAACACAAUAAUCAGCCAGCAAUAAAUGUAGGCCUUUCAUAUUUGUAUGAAUUCAAAAUUAUCAUGCAUGUGUGCCUUAAGUCUUGAACAAAUGAAUACAUCAUAAAUAGCUUAUUUUAUUAUUCAGCACCUGUUUGUCUAUCAAUAUAACUUUAAACAACUUAUUCUGAAUUAACCAUGAAGUCUAGAGACAUUAAGCCAACUGUCAUCCUGGGGAGGAGGACUACUAAGUUUGUUCAGGAUUACAUAUAAUACUAACAUCAUCUCGGUAACUGUACAUGUAUGACUAGGGUCAUUAUAAUGGGCCCGAGUAAUCGUACAUGUAUGACUAGGGUUAUUAUAAUGGGCCCGAGUAAUCGUACAUGUAUGACUAGGGUCAUUAUAAUGGGCCCGAGUAAUCGUACAUGUAUGACUAGGGUUAUUAUAAUGGGCCCGAGUAAUCGUACAUGUAUGAUUAGGGUUAUUAUAUUGGGCCUGAGUAACCAUACAUGUAUGACUAGGGUUAUUAUAAUGGGCCUGAGUAAUCGUACAUGUUUGAUUAGGGUUAAUAUAACGGGUCUGAGUAACCAUACAUGUUUGAUUAGGGUUAUUAUAAUGGGCCUGAGUAAUCAUACAUGUAUGACUAGGGUUAUUAUAAUGGGCCUGAGUAAUCGUACAUGUAUGAUUAGGGUUAUUAUAUUGGGCCUGAGUAACCAUACAUGUAUGAUUAGGGUUAAUAUAACGGGUCUGAGUAACUGUACAUGUAUGAUUAGGGUUAUUAUAUUGGGCCUGAGUAAUUGUACAUGUAUGACUAGGGUUAUUAUAAUGGGCCUGAGUAAUCGUACAUGUAUGAUUAGGGUUAUUGUAACGGGUCUGAGUAAUCGUACAUGUAUGAUUAGGGUUAUUAUAAUGGGCCCGAGUAAUCGUACAUGUAUGACUAGGGUUAUUAUAAUGGGCCCGAGUAAUCGUACAUGUAUGACUAGGGUUAUUGUAAUGGGCCCGAGUAAUCGUACAUGUAUGACUAGGGUUAUUAUAAUGGGCCCGAGUAAUCGUACAUGUAUGAUUAGGGUUAUUGUAACGGGUCUGAGUAAUCGUACAUGUAUGACUAGGGUUAUUAUAAUGGGCCCGAGUAAUCGUACAUGUAUGACUAGGGUUAUUAUAAUGGGCCCGAGUAAUCGUACAUGUAUGAUUAGGGUUAUUGUAACGGGUCUGAGUAAUCGUACAUGUAUGACUAGGGUUAUUAUAAUGGGCCCGAGUAAUCGUACAUGUAUGACUAGGGUCAUUGUAACGGGUCUGAGUAAUCGUACAUGUAUGACUAGGGUUAUUAUAUUGGGCCUGAGUAACCAUACAUGUAUGACUAGGGUUAUUAUAAUGGGCCUGAGUAAUCGUACAUGUAUGAUUAGGGUUAAUAUAAUGGGCCUGAGUAAUCGUACAUGUAUGAUUAGGGUUAAUAUAACGGGCCUGAGUAACUGUACAUGUAUGACUAGGGUCAUUGUAACGGGUCUGAGUAACUGUACAUGUAUGACUAUAAAUAUAGGGCUAUUAUAAUGGGCCUGAGUAACCAGACACAUGUAUGACUAUAAAUAUAGGGUUAUUAUAAUAGGCCUGAGUAAUCAGACACAUGUAUGACUAUAAAUAUAGGGUUAUUAUAAUGGGCCUGAGUAAUCAGACACAUGUAUGACUAUAAAUAUAGGGCUAUUAUAAUGGGCCUGAGUAACCAGACACAUGUAUGACUAUAAAUAUAGGGUUAUUAUAAUGGGCCUGAGUAAUCAGACACAUGUAUGACUAUAAAUAUAGGGUUAUUAUAACGGGUCUGAGUAACUGUACAUGUAUGACUAUAUUUAGGGUUAUUAUAAUGGGCUUGAGUAAUUGUACAUGUAUGACUAGGGUUAUUAUAAUGGGCCCGAGUAACCAGAGACAUGUAUGAUUAGGGUUAUUGUAACGGGCCUGAGUAACCAGACACGUGUAUGACUAGGGUUAUUAUAAUGGGUCUGAGUAACUGUACAUGUAUGAAUUGGGUCAUUAUAACGGGCCUCUAGUAUGUUGGAUAAAGGGUAUCAAGUUUGUUCAAAGCAAUGACCUAGACCCACAUUCAAACCCACAUCAGAAUCAAAUGUGAUAACUCCUCAAUUCAUUAUCAAUGUAGAUGUGUAUAGACAUGUAGCAUACAUUAAUCUGCGUAGUCAGGACCAGGUGUUGCGGAGUCUGAAUCAUAACCUUAGCAUCGGUGACAAAACAGUUGAUCAUCUAAAAAUGGAAACAGCUGUCAUCAACAUGGUUUCAUCAUAACAUUAGUCAUGGUUCUGAUACUUAUUGAAUAGUUUGCAAUGCAAUGAGAAAUGCAUACAUAUCUUGUAUUGAUAUGCAUGUCAUAGCUUUAGGUGUUGCCAAUAAUUUCAGUCGUUCGUCACUUGUGAUAACAUACAAUGUAUAAUGAAACAUACCCCAGUGAGAUAGUCCCCCACAAUGUAUUCACGUUAGGGAUAAAGAUAUGGAUGUUGCAUGAGUACAGCAACUUAAAACAAAGAUACCUUACAUAUAGAGUAGUAUUUUGUGUAUUUUAUUUUGAGAAGUGAGAAGAAUAACAACAGUUAUAUUGUGAUCAAAAUAUUUCAGGAUAUAUGUAGUAGGUAACUAUACUUGAUUUUAAUUCAGAUAUAAAUAUUUAAAAAUCAUAUGUGUACUGGAUUUAAGUUGUACUUUAUAUUAAAUUAUUUACACAGAAUACAUAUCUGUUACUAAUACCUUAUUCAAAUCUAAGAAUUAAUAUUUUUAUCAAUUGUACUGUAGUUUUGAUAGAACUAGAAACAAAACAGAAAAUGUUGAUGACAUUGUGAGAAAAAAACUUUGAAGGAGCAUAUCAAUGAAUCUGUGGAUUACAAAGUAAAAAGUAGAACCAGAAAAGUUUUACUGAUAAAACAUUCCACCAUGUCAUUUAUUCCUAAAAUGUGGAUUAUGCUUUUGUGUUGGUGUUGAAUAUUUUACAUUUUGUAACUGAGUUUGUACUGUAAUGUUAGUGUUUAAAUUAUUGUUAUCACAAGCAAGGCUUUGUCAUUACAAAUAUGUAUACAGUAUAUAGGUUUGAUACCAACAACGAAACAAUAUUCAUAGCUUAUUCAUAGUGAAAAAUUGAUUUUAUCCACUUUCCAAUUACAUAUUUAUUGUCACCUGAAAUGGAGUAUCAAGUGACGUAUUGAAAUUGCCUUUGUCCGUCUUAGUGUGUUGUGAGUCGUGUGUAAACAAUUCAUAUUUUCAACCUCUCAACAUUGGGCCAGUAGCAUGCUGGGAUAAAGGGCUACCAAGUUUGUUCAAAUUAAGGACUUUGACCUACUUUCAAGGUCACGGAGGUCAAAUGUGUUAAAAUAUUUAAAUGACCUCUUCUCAAUAACAAGGAGGCCCAGGGUCAUGGUAUUUGUUCUUUUCACAAAAAAUAUAUUACAGUGUCAAAGAUCAAGGUCAAAUUUUGUAUCUUUUCACUAAUAAGCAUUUAUUGCUAUGGCAAAAUGAAGCCGAGUUACUCAGAAAUAAACAAAGGAGUAAAUUGACUUAAGAUUAUAGGUCACUGGGUCAAAGGUCAGUAUAAAUUUUGUACAUUUUCACUGAUGGACAUUUUGUAAAGGAAUUUUGAAGCUAAGUUUGUCAGAAUUUUCACUGCAUUUUAUUAUUAUUAUUAAAAGCAAAUUGCUAAGAAUUAAACAAGUGAUUGACUUACUAAAGAUCAAGGUUACUAGGUCAAUAGUCAAGGUCAUAUUUGUCCAAAGUUCAAGGACAAAUUUGAUCUCUGAUAAUAACAAAGCCUGUUGUUGAAUGUGGUUUUUAAGGUUUGGAUAAAACAAAGUUAAGCUAACAAAUGAUGUUAUACUGGUACUUACAUUUCUGCCUGUAUAUUUUUUAACCUUUUAAAUAUGGAGAUGGAAGAAAACAAGUGUCACAUCACAGUACAUGUAUAAUGUAUAUUUUUCUUCUGCAGCAAUAUCAGCAUAUGGCAUCUUGAUGACUAUGGGAGAUAUAUAGCCAUACAAUAGGGCCAUUCCUGGCCUGUCAGUGUUCUAGCUCAGAUGAAUAAAUCUUCAAGUUCACAGGGGUGAUAUGUAUGAAUGUUUAGUUCAAAGCAAAACUUCAUUAUUCAGUAUGCAUAUCAGAACUCAGGCGACCAAUAAGGCCCAUCAGUACUUUCACUUGAGAUGUAAUGAUAAGCUUGCUAUGGGAUCAUGAAUGCUUGGUCAGAAGAGCAUCUGACUUAUCCAACCUGGGGUGAUGGUCUUUGUAGUUUGAUUUCUAUGAAGGGUGGUUUGUGGUUUGUAGGAAGCUGAGGUCUCAAAUAGUCCUGUGCUGUAGUAGUUUUUUCCUUGGGUAGGGCACUUUACCCCUCUUGCUAUGGAUUACAUUCAAUGGACCUUCAGCAUGUUGUUCAUGAGGUAGCCACCAGCUACUACAAAGAGACCUUCUGCCUCAAAAUGACCCCGGCUGUUUACGGGGGAUAAACUGAAAUCACUUUCAGUUUCUUGUCAGUUUUACCACUAUUCAUUGGUAAUAUAUACUUGACUUUUCACUUAGACAUCUAUUUUACAAAUGCUUCAUCCAAAUGAAUGAAUAAGGCUUAUAUAUGAUAUCAUUCUUAAUUUAACUACUCUGUUUGUCCUGUAAGAAGCCCAGGACACCACCCUCUGUUUGGGGAUAGACUUGUAAAACCACAUGACAUAACAUGAUGACAUAAGUGGACUUACUGUAUUUCAAAACUAAUUGCUAGAUAAAUAUUGUGUAUGUCUAAUAUUGUAUGUUUUGGAUGAAGUGAUUUAAUAUUCUGUAGAUGUUGUUCUCUGUUCUGAUACAUAUACAUGGUGUCUGUUGUGGCUAUGUUGUAAUAAUGUCUUUUUUGGUUUGAUUUGAGAAUUAAUUGUUUAACUUUAUCAUGGCCUAUGUAAUGGGAUAAUAUUGAUAGCAUCUUCAAAUGACGAAAGUGUUAUGGUUUACUGUAAUGCUAUCAUCAGAAGGCACAUUGUUACAUAAUGUGAAGACACAGGGUGUAAUAAUGUACUGAGUGUUAAACCAUUCUUUUUGUAUCCUCAUGUUAAACAUGAUUGUUUAAUGUUUCAGAUUGUUUUAUGUUUAAUGUUCGAGAUUGUUUUAUGCUUUAGAUAUAAUGAAUAUGCGUUUAUAAAGAUGUUAGAUAAUUCCAUAGCUUACCUGUUUUUGUGUUGGAUAGACUCGCUAUACCACUGAGGUUCCCUAUGGUUUGUUAGAAAUCAUAAUACUUAAUUAUUAUAAAUCUCUACUGCCUUUUUUGAAUUCCUUGAUAUUUUUGUGAAUAUAAAUAAUAUUUUGCUCCAGUCAAUUGUUUUUCUAGGAAAAUAAAAUCAUAUCUGGAUAAAACAAAUAUUUCCUUCUAUCAUAAUGGCCAGGAAAAUAGAAGUUGUAAAAUGAAAAAAAAAAAAAAAAAAAAUCAUCAUAAGACAUGGAUUUCUUGAACUUCUUGAAAAGACUAAUGUAGUCUGGUAUAAUGAAAACCACUCUUUUUAUUUAUUUAUUUUCCUGUCUACAAAAAAUAUUCAGUUCCAGGGAAUUUCCAGGACAAGAUCAGACAUAGCAAUCACUAAAUUUUUUCAGAACUGGAUAUAUGAUGUAUUAUAUACUGAAUUGCACAGUCAUGAACAUGUAUGUCAAUCAGGAUAAAAACUGUACAAUAUGCUGGAAAGGUUAAGACAUUAAUAAUCAAGUUAAGUUUAAAAAUUGUGUUGAUUUCAAUCCAGAUUACCUCCCUUGGUAGAUGUCGCCUCCAUUCAAUACAGGGAGAGUAGUUAUAUAUAUAGUAAUGAUUUUGUAUGUACAUCAUUAGUAAGUCAUUUAUAGCUCAAAGCUUGUGUAAAAGGUAUAUAAUAAAUCCCUUAACCAAUUAUGUUCAUAUCAAGUUCCCUUAUUAGUAUUAUGAUGACAAUAUCUACACAUUACUUAAUAUAGGUGGUCAUCAGUCAAGAUUGAAAGUUCAAAGGUCACAUUUAUACCACCUUGGAAAAUGAGUAAUUAUACCUGGAGUCACAUGCACCAUUUACUGAUGAUAGAGGGGGUGAAUUUAUUGUGCUUUUAUUCUGUAUAGUGUUAAAUGUUUUUACUUGACUUUGUAGGUGUUAAAAGUGUCAUGAUCCAGAUUUACUUCCCUUUGUAAUUGUUCCAGAUUUACCUCCCUUUGUAAUUGUUUUGUACAUUGUAGUGAUGCAAAUUUACCUCCCUUGGAAGUUGUUGUCCUUGUUUAUAUUAGUAAUGGAUACUUUUACUUAUUACAUGGCAUACUUACAGAAAUCCUUUGCUUGUGACCUUUCUAAUACUUAAUGAUAAUAUUGUUAACUGAACAACAGUAUUGUUACUUCCCCUUGGCCUCUGAGCAUGAUAAUACAGGAUGCUAUCAUUCCUGUGAUAGCUAGAGAAGGUGGAUUAAGUGCUGACACUUUCUUCUUUAUAUAAAUAAUAGUUUUUUUAGAAUAAUUUUGCAAAAAAAGGUGAUAACUUAGUAGCUUAAUCUCUACACCUAAUUAUGUAUCUAAGCAGAAAUCUUUCAUUCGUAAGCAAAUGAUUUUGUUCUGAAUGCAAAUAACCAAGAUAAAAAGAUUUGUACUGAAUGUAAAUAUCGGUAUGGUAUGGUAGUUUUUAAGCAUGGUGAAAUGAGCUGGUGUCAAAAUACCAUGAUAGUGCAGUGAACGGAGGGCUUUACUUUUAACGUACCGGUGUGUUGCUGUUAUUAUGUUUGAAGGAAUGAAUCAAGGUUAUCAAAUCAUGUGGGGAAGAGGUGUUUCUGGUCUGGCUGAUGUGAGUUAGGCCUACACUGCUCAGAUGAGAUUUUACAGGAGAGGGAUGCAUGUCUGUGAUACUUAUACAACCAUUUAUUUAUACUUUUAAUCUAUUUUACUGCUUUUGUUAAUUACCAUUAAUUUAUUUAUCUGUAUCCUUUGUAAAUGGAUGUUGUUUUAUGCCAAAUAAAUCUCCUUUGCUCUGAAGAAA